ACAUACAUUUAGCACAAGAGGGCGGCAGAGUACAUGCUAUGCUCCAAGUUGAUGUCUUUCCUUUUCAUCAGAGAUUGGCGAGUGGAGAAAACCCAGAUGUGAUGAAUAAAGAUUGCUGCUAAGAUCGUCUGUAAAACAUGCUGCCACCAUUGAGACGUUUAAUAAAGAUUUACUGCCACCAGUGUCAGACGUUGCUUCUCACUUAUUACAAAGGCGGUUAAGGUGGACUUGUAAAGUGCUUUUUGGAACGCACCAAGGAAGACCUGACCAAGACGCCUGGGAUCUGCCCAGAGUGUGGCUCCCGAUUCGGUCGUGAGGCGGUCAUCAGGAACAAACAAGCUAUCAAAAUUGUAGGGGGUAAAGUCUUCUGGAGGUAGAUCAUCCUCUUCCUCUCUUGGCUAUGGAAGCUGGGAGUUUGGAUAUCCAGCAUGGACUAGAGGAGGUGAACCAGGAGCUCCAGCACGUGGAGAAGCAGAUUGAAAGGCUCCUGCAGAAACAGCAACGGCUCAUGCAGAGGAAGGAGCAGCUGGAGGUCCAGUCCAGUCGGCUUCAUGAGCUGAGCCUCCAGGCAGGCUCCACUGACUGGGAAAAAUCAGACUACCCAUGGUCAGGUAAGCUCCACAGCCUGCGUGAGACAGUCUUCGGCAUCAAGAAGUUCCGCCCGCUCCAGGAGAAGACGAUGAAUGCCUCUCUGAGUGGCAGGGAUGUGAUCCUCCUCAUGCCUACCGGUGGAGGGAAGAGCUUGUGCUAUCAACUCACAGCUCUGGUCAGCAAGGGGUUCACACUUGUAGUUUCUCCAUUGGUGUCCUUGAUGGAAGACCAAACCAUGGCGCUGGAAGAGCUUGGUGUGAACGCCACCGUCCUCAACUCCAACACCCCUCCCGAGUUGGUCAAGGAUGUCCACCGGCAGAUGAUCGAUGCGCGGUCGGAGCUCAAGCUGCUUUAUGUGACGCCCGAGAAGAUCGCAAAGAGUAAGCGCUUCAUGGCGUGUCUGGAAAAGGCCUACAAAGCUAAACUUCUCACUAGGAUCGCUAUCGAUGAAGUCCACUGCUGCAGUCAGUGGGGUCAUGAUUUCCGACCAGAUUACAAAAUCCUGGGCUUGCUGAAACGUCAGUUCACUGAAACCCCAAUCCUUGGACUCACUGCUACGGCAACGAUGGAUGUUCUUGACGAUGUGAAAGGCAUUCUGGGAUUGCAAGGUUGUCAGGUGUUCCGAGCUGGAUUCAACAGACCAAAUCUCUUCUAUGAGAUACGCCCCAAACCGUCCAAGCACGCAGACUUUGUUGAAGAACUGAUCAGGCUCAUCAACAGUGAGUUCAAAGGUCAGUCGGGGAUCAUCUACUGUUUCUCAAGGAAGGAUGCAGAGACUAUGGCGGAAAGCUUGAAGGAUGGUGGAAUCCAAGCCCAUCCCUACCAUGCAAUGCUUGAUGCUCAUUACAGGAGCCAAGUACAUAAGAAUUGGAAGGAGAAUAACAUACAGGUUGUCGUAGCAACGGUAGCGUUUGGAAUGGGCAUCGACAAACCAGACGUGAGGUUUGUUAUACAUCACUCAAUCAGCAAAUCAAUGGAGAAUUACUACCAGGAGAGCGGGCGUGCUGGUCGCGAUGAUGAACCCGCCAAGUGCAUUGUAUACUAUGGUUUAGCUGAUGUAUUUAGACAGAGCACUAUGGUGGUGACUGAGCAGACAGGGCAACAAAAGCUCUAUAACAUGGUGGCCUACUGUGUCGCUCCUGCCACGUGUAGAAGGACCCUGAUUGGUCAGCAUUUCGGAGAGCGUUGGGAAGGCCAAGCAAGAUGUAAUAAAAUGUGUGAUGUAUGCCGAAGUGGAGCAAAAGUUGUUGAAAAGGACAUGCUACCCCAUCUCCAGCGUAUCUACACCAUUCUUGACCACAAGUCUAAGGGUGAUAUUAGGAUCACCGCUCUCAAGCUGACUGAGGAGCUCAUGAGUAAGAAGGGAGUAGCUGCUCUAGACAAAGACCAAGCCAAGAAGAUGACAGGUUUAGAUUACGGAUACCUCAUUGCCCACUUCCUCCUCGAGGGCUACCUGAGAGAGGACUUCCAUUUCACCCCCUACAACACCAUCAGUUACAUCAUACCCGGCCCCAAGGCUCGGAUACUCACCACUAAACCCCAGAGGUCAAUCACAGUUCCGUUCAAGCUUGAGGAUGGACAUAUGUCAAAGGUCAAAGUUCAUAGUGGGAAAGGUCAGAAGGAGAAAGUCAGCAGGGGAGAUGCCCCAGCGACCAAGACUCGGGAGGAUGAGAGGAAAAAAGGGGGAGAUGAGAGCGGGAGGGGUUCUGAAGUUCGAAAAACCGAAGGGGAGGUGCAUCGCGGGAAGACCAAGAAGCGGAAGUUGGUCGAGGAGGCGAGCAUUAUCGAUCUGUGCAGUGAUGAUAGCGAUGAUGAGGACUUUACGGAGAGGAAACCCACCAAGAAAUCUGGCAAGUCCGCCAAGCUGUCCAACACGAUGGAAGGAACUUGUGAUGUGAGGGAUAGUGUUGGUAGUAAGGGGGCGAGUACUGCACAGAAGUGUCGGGGUGGGACUGAUGAAAAAGUGCAAUCCGCUGCAGCACAGAAGUCAAGCAGUGGGACUACAGUAUUAGAUAGAACUGAUGCAGGAUCAAGUAAGAAUAGCCGCAAUGUCAUAGAACACUCAGGUCAAAGCCAAGAGGCAAAGCACGCUCCAUCCAAAGACAACAACUCAGAAUCAGGUCCAUUCACCUUCAAAUCCAUUACCUCCACACAAAGUCUCGCCAGCUCACAUUCAAAAGGUGCUCAUUCAGCCAAUCAGGGUCCAGGAAAGGAGUCGCGAGAUCUUGCCAGAGCGUCCAAGCCCAACCAACCAGGCUCCAGUACCAGCGAGCCGUCGUCAAAGAGCAACAGCAGAAGCAACUUCCCGGACUCCCAGCGCUCUCCGCCCGCUGCCGUGCAGCGGAGGGCUCCCUCUAUGGGAUUAUCGCCGGGUUCGGACGUUGAGAUGGACCUGCGGAGCGUCUACACCCAGCAGCUUAUGAAUCUCGGGAGCGAGGGCGAGAGCUUCAAUCGGGAGAACAGUAGUUUCACCAUGUCCACCUCUUUCUCAGGAAGUGAAGAUGGGUUGGGGAACACUCCUGCGAGCCGGAGAAGGAAGGGGACGAUGCGUCGGGUGGACAGCAUGGACACCUGUGAUGAAGAUGAUUCCAUGCGUGAUGACUACGAAACCUUGAAGAAAGUGUAUUCAGAUCAAAUGAAGAGACUUGAUGACCCUAUAUAAGUGUUUGAAGGGGUACUCCAGGCUGAAAAUAAUAUGAUUUAAAGAGAUUAAGAAAAUUCAGACAAACAAAAUGUUCACUGAAAAUUUGAUCAAAAUUGGACAAGGAUUAACAAAGUUAUUGAUAUUUAAAUUAAAAAUUUGCAUUAUUCUGGUGAAACAGUUCGAGGCAUGUCUUCAUGAAUAUUCAAUGAGCAAACUGAUGAUGUCAUAUCCCCACUUGUUCUCUUGUAUUUUAUUAUAUUAAAUUAGGUUUAUUCAAUAUUUUUUCCUUCAAGAACAAAAAAUAUUGGAAUAAAAACUGAUACGUGGAUUAGAUACUCAUUGCUGUAACUUAUAUCACAAGGGAGACAUAUUUACACAUGUAUGAAAAAAUUAAACAAUUAUGAUUUCAUGUAAGAAAAUAAGAAAAAGGAAAGUGGGGAAGUGACAUCAUCAGCCCAUCUAAUGAAUAUUCAUGACUACAUGCAUAUACCUUUUUCACAAUAUAUUGCUAAAUUUUGAAAUUCAAUAACUUCGCUAUUUGUUAUCAGAUUUUGAUGAAAUUUUCAGCAUUUUGCUCUUUGAAUUUUGCUCUAUAUAUUAAGAUCUAAAUAUUUUCAGCCCGGAGCAUCCCUGUAAUGGUGGUACCUCGAAAGUGAUUUCAUUUUACCCUUGCCCGAUGUAGUUAGUACGGGAGUCUUUUUGUUUUGGGGUUGUCCAUCCGUCCCGUUUCCAUUAUCACAAUUACUAAAUAACUGCUUUAUCAAUUCAACCACAAACCUGGUUCAAAUUGCAUUAUGAUGAUAUAAUAAAUUUUUGUGGUAUCAAGGUCAAAGUUCUAAGAUAACAGAGGUUAUUAUAUACAUUAAAAUAUCCUGUUCUCACAAUGUAAUUGAACCAUUUGUGGGAUCAAGUUCGAACUAGGCUCGUGUAUGUAUUUGGGAGUUACAAUGAUCUGAUUAGUUCUGAGGUCACAAGGUCAAAGAUUAAAGGUGACAUCAGGCAUUAUAUACCAGAGAAUAUCUCUUGUUUAUGAUAACUGAUGAUCCCGUUUGAGGGUCUAUUUCAAACUUUGCUCAUAUUUAUAUCUACAUGAGUGAAGAUGAUGAUCUACAAUUUGGGGUCAUGAGGUCAAGGGUCACAGAGGAAUCAGUUAUAUACAUUCAAAUGUCUUGUUCUCACAAAAACUGAAUAACUGUUUGAGGGAUGGAUUUCUAACUUAAAUCUUCAUUGGAGGGCAAUGAUCGGACUAGAUUUUGGAGUCACAAGGUCAAAGGUCAAAUGUCACAGAGGUCAUUAUACACAUAAAUAUCUCAUUCUCACGAUACAUGAAGAACCAUUUGAGGGAUCAUCUUCAAUCUUCUGUCACAUGUGCAUGUUGAAGGUACAGUGAUAUGAUUAGAUUUGAGGGGUCGUGAUGAUGUCAAAGGUCACAAUGGUCAUUAUAUACCUGACAUUGUCCUUUCUAGAGAUAAUUGAACAACCAAUUGAGUUAUGAACUUAAAGGGUUAGCUCAUACAUGCAUACAUGUAUGUGAGUGAGGAUGAUUUGAGUAGAUUUGGAGGUCAAAGGUCAAAGACUUGAAUUCCUGGGGCCCGGAACACAAAGCUUAGCAAUGAUCGAAGAACAUAUUUUCAUGAUUGAUUGCAUUAACUACAAUGUAUAAUCAAUCGUGAAAAUCGAGUGUAAGAUUUAUCGCUAACCUUUGUGUUACAGGAUCCUGGCAUUGUAAUGGUGGAGGCAUAAAGUUUGAAUGUGUGCAGUCAAGAAUCCAUCAGUUAUUAUUAUUACCUAUUAUUUUUCAAAAGCGAUGUGUACUCCAAGAAAAUGUUCUUUGAGUACCGAAAGACUUCAAUUUUGUGUUGAAAUCUGAUUUAUUUGAUUAUCCGAUGCUCUAAUACAUUCUGAAAAGUGGACCGUUGUUUACGUUCUCCUGAGGGAUGAAGUAGUACUAUGUGGGAUGGGGAUGGAUGCCAUACACACACCUUUGGUAUUACCGUUCUUGUCUCGCCUGCAUAGCAGAGUGAGAUAAUAGGCGCCGUUUUUCCAACGGCGGCGGCGGUGUCGUCAACAUUGAAAUCUUAACCAAGGUUAAGUUAUUGAAAUAUCAUAACCAAAAAAGUACUAGUAUAUGGACCUAGUUCAUGAAACUUGGACAUAAGGGUAAUCAAGUAUUACUGAUCACCCUGCCUGAGUUUCAGGUCACAUGACUAAGGUCAAAGGCCAUUUAAGGUCUAUGAUCUUUGGCCGUGUUGGGGGUAUUUGUUGAAUUGGCAUCAUAACUUUGAAAGUUUAUGGAUCUACACAUAGACAUAAGGGUAAUCAAGUAUGUUUUGCACAUAUCUUGAGUCAAAUGAUCAUGGUCAAAGGUCAUAUUGGGUCAAUGGACAUAGUAUUUUAUUAUCAUAUGAGUGUUUUCUUUUGUGAAUAAUUAUUCAAUAGCUGUUUUCAAAGUCAGCACUGCUGCUAUAUCGAAUCGUGUCAUGCAGGUGAGACUGCCAGAGGCGUUCCACUUGUGAGCCAUUUGAUAACAAAUUCAUGUGAAAGUGAAUUAAAAAGAGAUCUACAUUUUCUUAUUAGUGUACACGAGAUCUAGCAUUGUAAAUGAUAAUCACAAAAAUAGAAUAAAAUAAAUAUGAAUUGAAGGAGAACAAAGACCAAAAAUUGAGGGAGAGCAAAGACCAAAAAAUUCACCAGAUUUAAUUAUUUUCAGUUCCACCUUCAAAUUAAAAAAAGAUUUAAAAGAAACAAAUGAAAAUAUAAUUGUAGCAAGACCACUCCAAAGACAAAAAGAAAAUAGCAACAAGACCACUUUUGAAGACAACUUUUUUUUAUGUUCCAAAGUGAUAUAUGUAUAUAUCACAACAAAUGAAUUAAUUUUGAUUGUAAUUAUUAUAUUUUUUGUUGUUGAAGGCAGAUUGCAAUAGCGAAGCCAGUAUAUCCAAGUAAUUUGUGUAUUAACAAUUAAAGGUUUGUUUAUGAUGAUAUUUAGUUA